CCAUUGAAUUUUCACGACAAGCUGCAAUCCGAAGAUCUGUGGUUGGGUUAUAGAUCCACGUUGGAUAGGACCUGCGGUGGUGGGAAAGUGAUUCACGACGGAGGGAAACAAGAUUUGCUGACUCUGGAGUUUGAGUUCAUCUUCUUUCACUCAAUUUUCGCCUAUGGUCACUUGGUGAUUCAUGUGGCGAGGUAUUUAAUAACUCAUAAAUCGAUCACCAUACCAAUGUUUAUGAGCCCUGGAUGCCUUGGAAUUUUACAAACUGUAGAGAUUGAUUGGAUGACUCCGCAUAUGUUAGAACUUAGAAGGGAAGCUCAAGUGAUCAUGGGUUCGGAUCCAGGGCAUGAGUUACUUAACGGAUAAAUCUCAUGUGGUGCUUACUGACAUAAAGCAAGUUCAUAUAGUCAUACAUACUCGAAAUUACUAUUCAACUGUGAUGGAGUUGAGGAAGAAACAAAGCAAGUUCUGGAAGGUGCCACUAAUUCAAGUUAAUACAGCCUAUAUUUUUGCUGGUG